GAAAGCAGAUGGGGGCAGCAGAAAGAGGCGACCGAAGCAAACCAUAAGAUAAAGCGAAAGCAGUGGCGAAGAGAAAAGGAGGACGCGAGAGGGAGAGAGAAAGAGAGAGAGAGAGAGAGGGAGCGAGGCGUUAGAGAGGAGGACGACGAGAUCUGGCCAGAAAAAUCCUUGCUUUUUGCGCUGUUCUGAGGGGUUCCGGGGAGUCUAAGCGAACUGGUCCGGGGGAAGGUCCGGAAUCUGGGACUUUUUGGGCGUUGAACGGCGGCGGUCGGGUCUUUACGGGAGAUCUGGUGGAGGUGAUGAGACGAUGAGGGGAAACUGCUAAUCUGAUUGGAUGACAGGGAGAGAUGGAGAGGCAUCGUGAAGCUCGGAGAGGGAGCAUGGCGGCGGCAACGGCCAACGGCGGUGGCGGUGGUGGAGGGGGGUUGUCGAGAAGGAGGCAGAGGAACAGCAGCGGCUUCAGAGACUCUCCUGAGGAGGAUGGAAGGAUGGAGAUGCCAGAGACGUCGAGGCUGCGGGAUCGAGGGGCCAAGAAGGACCGCGAUCGGGACAGAUCUAGCCGGAGCAAGCGGAGAAGAGGGGAGAGGACGCUCCACGGGAGCAACAGAGACAGAGAUGAAGCCGAUGAAAGCUCCGAGGAGAGCAUCGACCAGGAUGAGGACGACGAAGAUGAGGACCUCUCCGUCCCCGUCCGGCUACCGCCGUCCUCGCCCCCCCUUGUAAAUCAAGCGGCGGCUUCGUCGCCACAACAUAACCACCAAAUCAACCACCAUCACCAGCAACAGCUACCCCGGAAGAGCUUUCCGCCUAAAGUUGUGAAGUGGAAGCCAGAUGAGAUGAUCGGGUUCACCGUACCCAGAAAAGCUCGUUCAGCAGCAAGCAAAAGGUCACAUGAAACUUCAGGUCUAGGGGGAGCUGGUGGUGGCGGUGGAGGCGGAGACCAAAUCACCCGGCAAGCUUCCAUUUCUCCGUCGAGGCUGAGCCCGGCAUCCACUACGCAGCUUUCGCCGUCUUCCUCCAACGGCUCGCUUCGGAAGAAGAUGAAGCAGGUGAGUGGAGCCAAAAUCCGGCCGCCGAAGAUCUCAAAAUCCACAUCUUUGAGCCAUGACGAGAUCGAGAUGGAGGUUGCGGAGGUUUUGUACGGGAUGACACGGCAAUUCGAGUGUCUUCCAAAGCAUGAUGGCCACAAGGUGGAUUCAAGGGAUGUGGAUGGUGGGUCUGGCAAUGAAGCUAAAUCGAGGUUGCCCUCAACAAACUCGCUGUCGCCAUCUCCGGUUGCCUAUCCAUCUGCACUUCCGUCGUCCAAUUCAUGUUCUAAUCCUGCCCCGUUUGCUGCGAUUGCUCCAAAGAGAAAAAAGCCUAGACCUGUGAAGUUUGAUGAAGAAAGCCCCACGAGUCCAGUGGGAGUACAGCAUCUUUCGAGCUUAUCUGUACCUUUCGUAGCCAAAAUUGACUCAGAGAACCAGACUAAGACAGAGGCUUCAUCUCCAAGAUCGGAGAAGAAUAGUGCAUCUGCUGCCAUAAAAAUUGGUGGCGAGUCGGUCGAUGUUUUGGUCUCCCAGGCUUUGCUCUCCGAUGUACAACAACAGCAGGAGUCGGCCAAGACCAAGAAGGGUAAGACUCAGGAGUUGCAUACAUCGACGGGAGGGUCAAAUAAUGGGGACAAGGUGGAAAGCAAGGAAGAGCUUGUUCCACGGGCAAAAGGAUCUGCUUGCGGUGGCUUAGAUGUCAAUAUCUGUGACACGGAAGCUAGAAAGAUGGCGCCUGAUAGCCCUAAGGAGGAAAUGUUCAAGAUCGAUCUGAUGGCUCCUCCUCCAGGGAAGCUAUCUCCGGAGACGGGUGACUUUAAUGACUUUGACCCAGAUCACAAGCCACAGGGCCCAGAUAAAGAAACCGCACUGAAACUGAAUAAUAAGGAUAAGACAGAAGAGAAGCCCGCAGAGAGUACGGUGACUAGAGAUGAGCAACAGACUGAGAAGUCCGUUCAGAGAGAGAUUGAUUCAAGGAAGCAAGUAGUAAUCAAGCAGAAUCUUGACCUUCAACUUGAUUUGGAAAAGCCCAAGAAAGAUGAUAGUGGCAUCGACAAGGUUCAAGUCCAAAAGCAGCAAGCAAAGGAUCCUAAAGUAGAGCCUAAACAAGAGAAGUCUGGAUCGACACCCUCGCUUCAGAUGCCAUUGACAGUUGGAACCUGGCCUGGUGGUUUUCCACCUUAUGGGUACAUGGGGCAAGUUCCAUCUUUGCAUGCUGUUGUUCCCAUGGAUGGAUCUGCAGGUCCUUCCAGUUCCUUGCAGCCUCCAGCAUUUCUUCAAACGCAUCCCCGUCCAAAGCGCUGUGCUACACAUUGCUAUAUUGCGCAGAUGAUAUCCAAUCACCAGAAAUUUGCUAGGAUGAAUUGUUUCUGGACUGCUGCAGCUGGAGCUGCACCUUUGUACGGGACCAAGCCAUAUAAUCCUAAUAUAGCUCCACCUUCGGAUGCCUCUACUCCUGGAAAUCCAACACAAGGAAGCUUCCUAGGUGCAAACAUGGGCACCUUGCAAGAGGCCAAGGGGUCACCAGCUUUAGCAUCAUAUAUGGGAAGUACCUCACAGGAGAAGAUGCUUUCAAGCAGUAAUACAAUCAUGGAGUCUGCCCAGAGAAAACCACUAAUUUUCCAGCAGGUGCCUCAUUCUGCUGCAGCAAACAACAUGCUGCAUGGUCCUGCUUUCAUUUUCCCUAUAAACCAGCAGCAGGCCACAGCUGCAACUGCCAACAGAGCUGGGGGAGCAAAAUCUACUCCAGGCUCUGCUGCUGAGGUGCGGGCAUCUGGUGCCAUGAGUUCUGCUGUGGGGAGCUGCGGAGGUGGUGGAACAGCAAACCCAGUGAACUUGAGCUUUGCUAGUUUGCCUCCCAAUGAAGCUCAGUACGUGGCUUUUGUGCAGAACAAUAUGUAUCCUUUUCCUGCCCAUAUUUCAGGGGCUACUGCCUUUCGAGGAACAAGUAAUGCUCAAGCGAUGCCCUUCUUCUACCCUCCGCACAUGCUUCACCCAUCACAACUACGACCACAGCAGCAGCAACCACCAGCAGGACCACUACCGCAUGUUCAGCCGAGCCACCAUAAUCCAGGCAAUUUGAGUGGGUCCUCGCAGAAACAUCCGCAGCAGUUACAUGGUAUAAAGGGAAGUGUUUCUGUUGCAAAUGCUAAUGGUUGUCCUGCUACUAAUCAUCGACAGGACCACCUGCCUCAGCAUUCUCGUCCUAUGGAGUGCAAGGGCAUGGAAGAUGACCUCCCCACUACUGAUGCUGCUAUAGCAAUGGGCAAUGGUGGGGGUCACGGUGAUAAGCAGCCAGUUUAUCAGCAGAAGCAGAACAUGAAGGUAGAGCUUGCACCGCCUCAAGCUUUUGCAAUACCCUUUGCAUCCUUUGGUGGGGCCGGAACUGCAACACCUGGUCUCGAUUUCUCUUCCAUGGUGCAAAAUCAUGCCAUUUUACAGAGCCUUCCAGAAAAUUCUCGGCAUGGCUACCACCAGAUGACAACAGCUGCAGUUGCUGCCACCACACAAGUUGCAGAGAAGAAGAAGGUCCACCAAGUGUCCGAAGAUGUUAAGUCUGUUGCGAGGGAGUUGAACACAAAUAUGGUAGGUGAAGAGGACAGAAAAAUUAUGGUGGCUAGCAAAGGUCUGCAGCAUUCUUUUUCAUUUGAAAAAGCAGACAAUGAACCACCCAUCUCAUCCGUUCUCAGUAACAGUGGUGUUGACAUCUCUGCCCGGUCCGUAAACCUCAUACACACUUCUGCAAAUGGCAGUAGGUCCACUGACCGUGCAUCUGGCACUGCUACAGCUACAACUGCUGCCACCAUCGCUGCCACCUCCCAACAAAUGCAGCAGCAUGUACUUCAUCUUCAGAAGCAGCAGUUGCAAUACCAGCUUGCAUCGACUCGCUCAAAGCCCUCAGCCUCAAGCAACAAUACCAAUAUGCAUCCUGAGAGUCUGCCUGGAGGUUGUACCGGCACCAAGUUCCCUCGUGCUCUAACUGGCUUUCCUCAAGCAUUCGUACAAGGUGGCAGUCCCAUCCAGCGGCCUCAGGGCAAGACAUCCUCUGGAAGACUUGUGGAUCCUGCUGCAGCUCCGCCGCUGGUGAAAAACAAUGUCCUCCAGCUACAAGGCAGAGCAUCCCAACAACCGUUUCCCGCCCAAAACCACCAAACCCAGAUAUCAUUUGGUGUGAAUUCAAAUAAAAUGGUGGCUCCAGGGGGUCAACACCUCUCUGGCGUAUGUCGCAGUCCAUCUCCAUCUUCUUCCUCUGUUGCUGUUGGAUCGCCCUCAAAUUCAGUCAACAAGAAUGCAAGUGGCAGCCCAAGUGCAUCUGCCAGUGUAAAACCCAGUCCUCAGACUUCUGCUAUUUUGCUCCCACAACAAUCAGCUGUAAAGCAAUCAGCAUCAAGUUCUAGCUCAAAGUCAACAACUGCGAGUAACUCAAACAUGCCAUCCAUUCUUGGGCACCCUCAGAAAGUUCCUGCCCCGAGCUCAAACACCAAGCAGCAGCAACAGCCUCAGCAAUCAAAGCAGCAACCCUUCUCUGAGGCUCAGAUCUUCUUCUCUAAUCCCCACAUGCAACAGGUCCACUGUGCUCAGUCCAGUGCUGCUCCUCCCACUGCUGCUCAAUAUUAUCAGAAGCGCCAAUCUGAACAACAAAUGCGACAGUCCCAACAGCAGCAGCAACAAAGCUCAGCACCAUCAUCUGCUGGGAUGCUUUCCCUUUGUGCCCCCUCUGCGCUUACACUGGCUGGUGUUCCUACCACAUCUGAUCCUGCUAAGGCCUUGGCUGCUGCCUCUGUGGCUGCGGCCAACAGUAUAAAGGGCCUGCCUCCACCUGGCUAUUAUAACGCUGCUCAGCUGGCUGUGGCUGCGCAGUCUGCCUCUGGCUCUCCACGGCCGCCAAUUUCUGCUACAUUCCCUUACAUGUCUUUGCCACCAUUUACGAUGAAGUCCUCAUCCGAGCAGAAGCCUGCAGCUGGAAGUGACAAUUUACAUGCCUGCUGGCAGCCUGAGAAGAGGUAAUGCUGGACUGGAUAACCAUUGGCUGCUGAUGCGUGGGCGCACCGGCUGCAUCAGAAGCCACUUUGCAUGAGAUUCUGGAAUCAAACAGGAGGAUUCUCAUCCGCCUUCACCGGCCCGGUUGCUGUUCGAUGUGUGCACAAUUCAACUUUCAGGAAAUAGCCAACGAUUGAAAAGGAAGGACAAUUAGAGAUGAAGGGAACCCAGAGGGAGAACGGUGGUGGUGUGGAUCACAGCCUACCGGCAUUUUGAUUUGCUCUCGAGUCCCUUGCAGACGACGGGUGGAGGGGCUAAUCACAAUGCACUCUAGGGAAGAAGAUGGCUGCAUCCUCUCAUCUCGAUUUUGUAUAGUGCAGUCAAAUGCUAACACCAUCAUGGACUGUUUUCUUUUGUUUCGUUUUAACUCCAUUAACAGAAGGUGAGGUGAUUAAAUUAAUAUCAUCCUUACAUGCUAUUCCUUGUUCUUUCUUAUGAAUAUUUCUCUUUGAAGUUGUUAGAGAUUGAUUUAUGGUUCUCUUGGCUA